AUGUCUUAUAUUUUGCUUUUCAGCUCGACUCACGCCAAGACUCGAAUCAAGACACGUAGGAAGAAGAUUACUUCAUCACAGGUGAAUAUCGUCCUCGAAAUCGACUCACCACUAGACCGCGAGCCGUGCGACGCGCAGGACUUCUCAGCUCACGAUGCGCAAUGUCACUUUCUGUUUGACAGCCAUUCGAGGCGACAUUCAUAG